AUGUGCCAUCAAAAUCUACGGCGGCCGGGCCUCUUCGAUUCUUCGGGCUUCUUAUCAAGGCCUCGGUGCCAUCUGUCUAUUCUGCUGGCAUUCAGCUUUCUGGCUCUCCUGAUGGCUACGUCGGCUUUUCCUGGAGCAGACACCAUGGAUGCUUCUGACAGAACAUUUAGCGGCAUCAGUAGAGGAAAAGUCAUGUCUCAAAGUGCAGACGCCUUGGCUCGUUUAGACGUCAAGGUGCAUCAAAUAAUGGAAGCGAAACAGGAUCAAAUGCUGUAUUGCUGGGAGCAAACAGCUGCCGAAGCCGGCAGUCAGGCAGACUGUCUGACCUGUAUUAGCCACCUGCGCACUCAGUGUCAGGAGUUGUGUGAUGUUCUUGAUCCGAUCUCUACUUGGAAGAGAGCCAAUCUACGGCAGCUGUCGGCAGUCAGGCGGGCCCUGAUUUCAGCGACGUCCAUGAGGAAGGAGUGUAAAAAUCGCUGUUCUUCUAGGGCCAAGUAUGGCAUUUUCACCUGCAAACUUAACUUCUAA